CACGCAGCAGUUGCUGUCCCUUCCGGCAGCCUCGAGAACCUCCCCAUUGGCCCAUUCCCCUUCCCCGGCGGCCGCGGCGACCGGCGAGGCGACCGACCGAGACGCCCCCUCCGCCUUGCCGACGGAGCCUCCCUCCGCUCCGCCCCGCACCCUCCCCUCCCGCCGAGGCACGCACCCGCGCGGCGCCGCGGCUACUUCCCGUCGACUCGGAUCGAGGCGUAGAGAGGGAUGGCGAGUCUGACCGGCCUCACCGCGAACCCUAACCCGAACAAGUCGUUCGAGAUCCUGCCCAACCCGGGUGACUCCGUCUCGAGCCUCAGCUUCAGCCCCAAGAGCAAUCUGCUGGUGGCAACCUCCUGGGAUAACCAGGUGAGGUGCUGGGAGAUUGUUGGCGGGAACAGUCAGCCCAAGGUGUCCAUAUCGCAUGAUCAGCCGGUCCUCUGCUCAGCAUGGAAGGAUGAUGGAACAACUGUCUUCUCUGGAGGCUGUGACAAGCAGGUCAAAAUGUGGCCUCUACUGUCAGGUGGGCAGCCUCAGACGGUUGCGAUGCAUGAUGCGCCUGUCAAGGAGAUCGCGUGGAUUCCUCAAAUGAAUCUUCUUGUCUCUGGAAGCUGGGAUAAGACUCUGAGGUACUGGGACACAAGGCAAGCAAAUCCUGUGCAUAUCCAGCAACUUCCAGAACGUUGCUAUGCUCUUACAGUGAAUUACCCCCUUAUGAUUGUGGGAACUGCUGAUCGUAAUCUUGUAGUCUUCAACUUGCAGAAUCCUCAGACGGAGUUCAAGCGUAUUCAAUCACCACUAAAAUACCAGACACGGUGCCUUGCUGCAUUCCCUGAUCAACAAGGAUUUCUGGUUGGCUCGAUAGAAGGAAGAGUUGGUGUUCACCAUAUCGAUGAUUCACAACAAAGCAAGAAUUUCACUUUCAAAUGUCACAGGGAAGGAAAUGAUAUAUUCUCUGUCAAUUCACUGAACUUCCACCCUGUCCAUCACACAUUUGUAACUGCUGGAUCUGAUGGUGCUUUCAACUUCUGGGAUAAGGACAGCAAGCAGAGGCUGAAGGCUUUUAGUAGAUGCCCUCUUCCCAUUCCUUGCAGCACCUUUAACAGUGAUGGUUCCAUAUUUGCUUAUGCGGUCUGCUAUGAUUGGAGCCGUGGGGCUGAAAACCACAACCCUGCAGCUGCAAAGACAUCCAUCUACCUCCACAGUCCACAGGAAUCUGAGGUCAAAGGAAAGCCGCGGAUUGCAACAGGCAGGAAGUGAUUUGGUUCUAACUUGCGGGAUCUGUUCGUCUUUAGGCCGGUCACCAGUUUUGUUAUGCCCCCCCUCCUGUAUUGGAAGUCUGGUAGAUGUAAAUUUCAGGGUACCUGUAGCGUCUAAGCACUGAAUAUAGGGUUUCCGUUGCAAGAUUAACAUGUAGUUAUACCUGAUGUUUGCCAUGUCUUGGCCCUUUUAAGGAAUUGCGUAUCGAGGUGGUCUUCAGUGAUGUAAAUUUCCGUGCAUAUGGGUCGAUAUUGGUGAUUGUCAGUAUCGUUUAUGUGAUAAACUAUAUUAGUUGCUAACUUGCUAUCAUGGUCAAAAAGAAAUCCUGUGCUUUCGGGAA